CCUGUAGCGGCCGCACCUGAUUCGCAAAUUCGAAUUUCGAACACGGAUUGACAGUUCUGUGGUUGUGGUUAGUGAUGUGAUUGAAUGUUAUGUUUGUGGAUUUGUAUGAAGAACAACUGUAGGGAUUUCUCGAUUGAAUCGGUGUCCUCCCGCUGCAGCCCCGCUCUCUCCUCUCGCCUCCUCACUUCGCGCGUGCGACUCAAGCACAUCUCACCUUUAACUAUAUAUAACGAUAGAAACAGAAGAAACAGUUAAAAUGGUAGAUUUAUAACGCUAAUGCAACGUGUAGGUGGAGAGCAAAAUGAUCAUACUUACAUUCUUCCAAUUAAUAACUCUCCCCACACUUACAUACAAAUUCGUUAAAGGUGAUACAAUGGAAGAAAAACAACCUCUUAUAAGCUCAAGAGUGGUAAGGACUAAAUACGGUGACAUCCGCGGUUUCAUAGUUACACCCGACUCCAGGUUCUUAGAACCCGUUGAAGUUUUUAGGGGUGUGCCAUAUGCAUCCCCACCAGUAGGUUCUCUUAGAUUUAUGCCCCCAGUGUCUGGUGCUCAGUGGUCUGGUGUGAAAAUUGCGGAAGAAUUUAGCCCAGUUUGUCCACAAGUGUUACCAGAUAUAAGAAAUGAAACAGCAGUGUUAAAGAGAAUAUCGAAAGGAAGACUGGAGUAUUUGAAGAGGAUAUUGCCGUUUUUAACAAACCAGUCAGAGGAUUGCUUGUACUUGAAUAUUUAUGCACCAGCGCAAGCAGGUGUACGCGACGCAGUGGCGCGUUACCCCGUACUGGUGUUUGUGCACGGCGAGAGUUACGAGUGGAGCUCGGGCAACCCCUACGACGGCAGCGUGCUCGCGUCCUUCACGGGGCUGGUCGUCGUCACCAUUAACUAUAGGUUAGGUAUACUAGGUUUCCUCAAUCCUCGAUCCAACGAUUUUCCAAGGUCACCAGCGAACUACGGUUUGAUGGAUCAAAUAGCAGCUCUGCACUGGAUCAAAGAGAACGUGGCAGUCUUUGGUGGGGAUUCUACAAACGUUACGCUGAUGGGACAUGGUACAGGGGCUGCCUGCGUCCACUUCUUGUUGACAUCACUUGCUGUUCCGGAAGGUCUUCUCUUCCACAGAGCAAUCUUGAUGUCAGGAUCAGGGUUAAGCCCAUGGGCACUUGUUGCAGAACCCAACAAGUAUGCAGGAAAAGUAGCUGCCCAUGCAAACUGCUCACCAGAUCUGAAUCCACCCGACCUUCUCCGGUGCUUGAGAGACAGGCCGUUGGAAAUGAUACUAUCGGCUCCUGUAAAAGCGCCAGACUUUUCGUAUGCCUUCGGGCCCAGCGUAGAUGGCGUGGUUAUAGAUACGGGAGAUAUGUUUAGCAACCCAGAAUCAGGGUUUGAAUGGCAGAUGGCUGAUGGCAAACCGCCCACAGCUGUUAACAUCAUCAACGCCGUGCUGAUGAGACCAAGUUCUAUUGCUCAACUGGCCCACUACGAUCUGAUGGUGGGAGUAACAAAAGCUGAAGCGUACUUUGCGUUUAGCGGCGACGACAUUCUGUUCGGUAUAGAAGCAGAUAGAAGAUCAAGAAUCCUCAAAGCUUUCGUUAGAAAUACAUACAGUUUCCAUUUGACUGAGAUAUUAGCAACAAUUAUUAAUGAAUACACGGAUUGGGAGAGGCCAGUGCAACAUCCCGUCAAUAUCAGAGAUGAAACUCUAGAAGCUCUAAGUGACGCACAAGUGGUUGCACCAAUCGUUCUUACAGCAGACCUACAUUCAGCGAAGAGGAGAAACUCAUACGUCUACGUUUUUGACUAUCAAACCAAGAAUGGAAUCUAUCAACAACGUCAAGGCUGCAUCCACGGUGAAGAUCUACCAUAUAUCUUCGGAGCACCACUAGUGGGAAGCUUGGGACAUUUCCCAAGGAAUUUCACGAAAGCAGAAAUCGCAUUAUCUGAGACUGUCAUGCUCUACUGGGGAAACUUCGCGAAGACCGGGAGGACAAACGAGCGUACGGGUCACCUGUUGUUAGAGAGCGCUAGU